AUGGCGGGUGGAGAUGAUGCUGAGCUCGAGCGUACAGAACGCGCGGUAGAGCGCGCCAAGACUAAGCGAUCGACUGUGAUAAACCAGAUUAAAAAUGUGCAUCAGUAUGCGCUUCGACUUAAGGCGGAGCCCGAGUUAGGUCCGACUGUGACAAGUCUAGCCGGUGAUUUGGAUGCGCUGUGGAUACAGUGUAGAACUGAGGAUGAUGCCGUGUUGGACGGCUUGGUUGAGCUCGGUAGGCUCUCCGAGUAUAACGAGGCGUUAUUGGCCGAGGUGCGGACUUGUAUUAGUGCUUGUAAGAUUGCGGCGGCGACGUUAGUCCCUAAGGGAGCUGAGGCUGUCGAUGUUUCGUACCUUAAGGAGACGUUAGGGUCAACCGGUGCGUCCGCGCGAAAUCCCGCGCACGAUCACGCUAAACCGUCAGCACGGUUACCGGAGAUUCCGCUCCCGGAGUUCAACGGAGAUUUCCGACUAUGGCCCACGUUUCGCGACCGAUUUACAGCACAAGUUGAUUCGCGUGAUAUUUCCAACAUCGAUAAAAUGUAUUAUUUAAUAGGGUGUCUCAAGGGCGACGCGGCGGAGGCGUUACGUGGUAUUCCGGUGUCCGCAGAUAAUUAUGUGCUCGCAUGGUCCGUUUUAUCCGAGCGGUUUUAUCGACCGCGAUUAGUUGCUACGUCAUUAGUUGACAAAUUGUUAAACUCGCCGUCUAUGUCGCAGGAGUCGUUAUCGGACCUUAAUAAUUUCGUAAGCACUUUUAACGAAGGUAUUUCGCUACUCGAAGCGCUCAAUGUACCGAACAUGGGCUCUUUCAUUUUAUUCACGGUCGCGUUCCGACGUUUACCUGUAGCUACGCGUAAAUUAUUCGAGUCGGAUAGUAAGGCGGAGUAUCCGUCAAUUGGCGAGUUAUUAAAAUUUGUCCGCACGCGCGUGUCGAUAUUGGAAGUCGUUAGUGAUCCGCCGAAGGUUGGUACCUCUGCCGCGCAAGCAUCCAAGGCGGGCAAGCCGUCAGGUAUAGCGCGCAAGGUGGGAGAUUACGUCGGGAAGUCGAACGGUCCCCGGCCGAUGUCGUUCGUAACGGCUAAGGGGGACGCGACUUGUCCGUGUUGUGCCGAAUCGCACGCGUUAGGCAUUUGUGCGCGUUUUAAGUCGUGGUCGGCCAAAGGUCGUACCAAAUGGGCCCGUGAGAAUCGUGUGUGUUUUAAUUGCUUAAAUGUUGGUCAUUGGAUUCAAAAAUGUAAGUCGAAGCCUAAUUGUAAGGAAUGUUCGCGCAAGCACCACACGCUUCUACACUUGUCACCCGACGAGCUGCAGGGCGGGGAGGAACCACCACCGGUCGAACCGGCGGUGUGUGCGUCUGUUGUGAAUCCCCCGUCCCUCCACCGGUCGUCCGCUGUUGUUUUAGGUACCGCGCUCGUGCACGUGCGAGAUAACACCGGUUCGGUGAAAACAAUGCGUGCGUUAAUAGACAGCGCGUCGCAGAUCAGCGCCGUUACCGCCGCGUGCGUAAAACGUUUGGGUCUAAAAAUGUCGCGGUGGACUGCACCGAUAAGCGGGUUGUCGGGGACAACAGUCGCUGAAGUUCAAGGUCAGGUUGAGUGCAUAGUGCAGCCGCGUUUCGCGUCUGAUCCGAUUCUGCCGGUGCAGGCAUGGGUGUUACCAACCAUCACGACCGAUUUACCUCAAAAGUCAUUAUCAAUAGAUAUUAAGAAUCGAUAUUCUAAUCUCGCGCUCGCGGAUCCAUCCUUUUAUUUGACGUCGCCGAUCGACUUGUUGUUGGGAGGGGACGUGUACGGUUCUAUCAUGGACGGGCGUAAGGUGUCGAUCGACAAUACAUUACCUACUGCAUUUAGUUCGGUGUUCGGCUGGAUCCUUAUCGGCCCGGUUCCCAAUCGCGCAAAUUGUUAUUAUCAGUCGUUGCCGGUGUCAAUGACCGCGUCGAUAGAGGGGAUAAUGGAGCGCUUUUGGCACGUCGAGGAGCCCGAGGACGCGCCCGUUACGUUUACCGAGGAGGGGUGCUGCGAACAGAUAUUCCGCGACGAAGCUACGCGUUUGACAUCAGGUCGUUUCGCGGUUCCGUUACCAUUUCGCGCGCCGGCAGAAACGUUCGUUGGGUCUCGCGAGGUAGCUACACGGCGUUUUGACGCUAUCGAGCGUAAACUAUCUGCGAGUCCCGUAUUAAAAUCGUUAUACGUUAAUUUUAUGUCUGAAUAUAUCGCAUUAGGACACAUGUCAGUGGCGACUUCCCCGGGGCGAUAUAUAAUCCCCCACCAUGCUGUUUACCGUCCGGAAGUCGAUCCUAAUAAAAUUCGUGUAGUAUUCGACGCGUCCGCGCGAUGUUUUCGCGGACCGUCGUUAAAUGAGUGUUUGUGGCCAGGCCCAAAAUUACAACAGGAUAUUGUGGAUGUUCUAACUCGUUUUCGCGUUCACAAAUAUACGUUUACUACGGACAUCUGUAAGAUGUACCGUCAGAUUUUAAUUUUGCCGGAAUAUCGCAAAUUCCAACAUGUGUUGUGGCGCGCGUCGCCGCAUGAUGAAUUGCGUGAAUAUGAGUUGCACACCGUGACGUACGGUGUGAAUUGUGCCCCGUAUCUCGCCUUACGCGUUUUGCAGGCCAUCGCGUCGACCGAUUGCGACGGUUUAGAUUCUGUACGUAACGCGCUCGAGUACCAAACGUAUGUCGACGACAUUUGUGACGGCGCUGACACGAUUUCCGACGUGUUGAAACUUCAGUCGGAUUUGGUCUCUGUUUUAAGUAAGUCAGGUUUAGAGCUAAAGAAAUGGGCUUCGAACACGCCGGCCGUGUUGCAAGCUGUUCCGGACGCCGAUCGCGCGUGCGCGCCAAUGCCGUUUGGUGAUGACGACGGAUACGGCACUAAGGUGUUGGGUCUGGCGUGGCAUCCCGACCAAGAUUAUUUUUGUUGCGCGUUAAGUCUCGAACCGUCGCCUGUCUUUACGAAGCGCGGUAUUUUAUCGCUUGUUGCUCGCAUUUUUGACCCGUUAGGUCUUUUCGGUCCCGUGGUGUUUCUCGCGAAAUCGAUUAUGCAGCGGACGUGGCGACACAGUGUCGCAUGGGACGACCCGCUGCCGGACGAUAUUCACGCAGACUGGGCCGCAUUUGUCUCCGAGUUACCGUCGUUAUUAGGUGUCCGUGUACCGCGACAUAUUAACGGCCGUCAAGGCGCUCCCUGUUAUUUGUUAGGAUUUUGCGAUGCGUCACAGGUCGGGUACGCGGCUGUCGUGUACGUGCGGAUGAUAAAUAUCGAAGUGGACAAGUCAGUGUUUCUAAUUGGUACUAAGACCAAGUUAGCUCCGACGAAAGCGUUAACGGUCCCGAGACUAGAGUUGAAUGCUGCAGUAUUGUUAGCCCGUUGGUUAGGUCGCAUUCAAAAAAUAUUAUCGCCGCAACUCGAUGUUGUCGGUUUACGGGCUUGGUCGGACUCCACGAUCGUGCUGUCGUGGUUGACAGCCCCCCAUGAAUCAUUCAAAGUUUAUGUGUCUAAUCGAGUACACCAAAUUCGCUCUUUAUUGCCGGAUUGUUAUUGGCAACACAUCGUGUCGGCCGAUAAUCCCGCCGACUGCGCGUCGCGAGGCGUCAUGCCGGCAGCUUUAGCGCGACUUGAUUUGUAUUGGCGUGGUCCACAGAUAGCGUACGGCGAGCCAUCGGAAUGGGACGAUUCCCGCCCGUCGCUACCUCUGUGUGACCUGCCUGAAUUGCGCGUAGUGUCGUGUGCCGCGCGCGUUGACAACGAAGAGAGGGAGUGGUUUGUUCGUUUUUCUAAUUUUGAUCGCAUGUUGCGUGUAGUCGCGUAUAUGCGACGUUUUGUAGAGGCUUGUCACCGAAAUGUCGCGCUCCGGCGGAGUGGGGUGACGGGGUCGGUAGUAACGCCAGGUUCGGAUGUGAGCGUCCCCACCUUUCUACGAAAAAACGAGUUAGAUAUCGCUGCGCGUGUGUUGGCGGCGGAGUCGCAACGCGUACACUUUGCCGUGCUGCGGCAGGAGUUGGCCGCGGGGGCCCGCAUUUCCUCGAAACCGCUAGCGCGAUUAGCUCCAUUCAUUGACACUGCAGGUAUAGUCCGCGUAGGCGGCCGUUUACGGCACUCGUUAUUAAAUUAUGAUUGUAAACACCCGGUUCUAUUAGCAAAACGAUCGCAUUACGCGAUGUUGCUGUGCCGCCGAUGGCAUUUAUUAUCGGGUCACGCAGGUCCACGGGUAUUGGCUGCGUUAAUUGCACGCCAGUAUUGGGUGAUGUCGCUCCGUUCCGUGUUGCACAAUGUUUUAAUAAAUUGUACUGUGUGUGUUAGGUUAGAUGCGAAACCAUCGUAUCCCUUUAUGGCUGAUUUACCGGGUCCGCGUGUAAAGCCGCGUCGACCGUUCGAACAAGUAGGGGUCGAUUAUGCGGGACCUUUACAAUUGAAAGAGCUGCGGCUGCGCAAAUCGCGCAUGUUUAAAAUUUACAUUGCCGUUUUCGUGUGCUUCACGACUAAAGCCGUCCACCUUGAAGUGGUAACGGAGUUGUCCACUGACGCGUUUUUGGCCGCGUUCGACCGAUUCGUCGCGCGCCGCGGGUUACCCGCCGACGUGUAUUCCGACUGCGGCACUAAUUUUGUCGGCGCUGAUAAGCAGUUGCGCGUAUUAAUACAAAGUCCCGAGGGCCAGACCGCCGUUGCAAAUUUUCGCGCGAUGUGUACGUGGCACUUUAACCCUCCGAGUGCACCUCACUUUGGGGGUCUGUGGGAGGCGGCCGUUCGGUCUACGAAGAGGUUGUUAGUCCGGGUGAUAGGAACCCAUGUGUUUACGUACGAGGAGUUUACCACAGUGUUAACCCGCAUAGAAGCGGUGUUAAAUUCGCGCCCGCUGACGCCCGCCUCGACUGAUCCGCACGAUUUGGAGUGUUUGACUCCCGGGCAUUUUUUGAUUGGGCAACCGCUACUCGCCGUAGCGCCGAGAUCGGGCCCCGAGCCCGCCCGUAACCUUUCUGAUCGGUGGAAGUUAUUGGAUCAAUGUCACCGUGCGUUUUGGCGUCGUUGGUCAGCCGAGUACCUAACCACUCUGCAAAGCAGACCAAAGUGGACCGAGGGGGUUCCCAACCUUAGUCUCAACGACAUGGUCGUCGUGAUCGACAGCCAGAGUCCACCGUUGUUAUGGCGCCUCGGCCGUGUGAUCGAGUUGUUGCCAGGUUCCGACGGUCACGUCCGUGUCGCUCGGAUCCUCACGCGCGCUGGUGUAGUUACGCGCCCUGUGGUCAAGUUGGUAAAGUUACCGACCAAUGUUCUAUCUUAG